AUGACCAAAUCUUGGGUAAAUCUAAUGUGGUUGAGAAGGAAGGUUAGAGCUCCUUACAAGAGCUACAAAUCGAGUUCGUUUUUGGCGAAUUCCGAUGAUGAUCAAGAUGAUGAGAAGAAAGAAACCACGAUACACGCCACUAAUACAAACAGAUUUAAGAACGCGAUCGAUGUACGAUCUGUGUACCACAUUUCAGGUACGAACAAAAUCAAGGGAAAGGUCUGGCCUUUGAGUAAAUUUGAGAAGAUCGAUGUGUUGACCUGUGCUAUCAAUGGUAGGAACAUGGAGUAUGCGGUUACAGAAGAACAAGAGCGCCAGGCAGCGGCUAUGAUUACUUUUCCGGCAGAAAUAUUCUACAAGAUAUUUCAAAUCCUAGACUCGUGGGGCAAGUUACACCCCAAAUUGAUGAGAGUGUGCAAGGUAUUUUAUGCAAUGAUCUUGCCACUCAUUUAUCGAGCACCUCACUUACGAGCUACAAAUUUUUUCAACUUUGUCGAAACCUUGUCCAAUAAUAAGAAGCUUGGUAACUAUAUUUACUCCCUUGACUUGGCAUACGUCAUACAAUCUGGGAAGAAUGCCUUUGUUGCUAGGUUGUUGAAGCAGUCGAGGAACAAUUUGGAGACGUUUAUCGCGCCACAGACCAGUUUUGGUCUAGGCCCGUUGAUAGCGUUGAAAAAUUCCCAAAGCUUAAAAGUCUUGGAUUUGAGACUAGUCUCAGAGACGGUAAAUUUGGCACAGCUUUUCCACUCGAUUGAAAACUUAUCUUCUCUAACCCAUCUAUCUUUCCCCAGGUCAUCCAUAGAAAUAACUGAUCAUGAAAAAAUCACAUGGCCGCCAAGGCUCACAUUCUUGAGACUAUCGGGUGGGAUUAGUGAUGAGUUUUUGUACCACUCAAAUUUUCCCAAACUGAUAACCAACUUGGAGUUUGCCCACUGUCCUGCAAUAUCAGAUCUCGGAUUGAAGCAAGUUCUUUACAGAGUUGGUGUACAGUUAACAACACUUAAAGUACAAUAUCCGAUGCCAGCAUUAAAACAAAAUACGCUAGAUGAAGUUUUCUGCUUUUGUCCGCACUUGCGGGUGCUUGAGAUCAGCGUGGACUAUGUUUCCUCCUUGUUUUUUGACGAGCAAUAUUUGGGUUAUCUAGAUUUCCCACGGCCAUUACGAACAUUGUAUAUAAACAGUAGCGGGAUGCUAGGAACCCUGACACGGCUUGAUCCGAUGGACUUGGCAGUGGCUCUCGAUGAUGAUAGAUUGCCUUUGUUGAAAAAUAUUCAGUGCACAGCGAAGCUUGGGUGGGACCCAAAGUCUGAUUCUGUUGAAUUCAUAGUAGAUAAGUUAGAUGAAAGAGGAGGUGGUUUGUAUAUAGGAUAUUAA